AUGGGCCAUCAGCAGCUCUACCAGAGCCAACUAAGAAAAUUCCGCCAGGGUUCUUGCUCUUGCCGCAUUUGCUCAAACCAGCAUGGUCUGACCUGGAAAUACAACCUCAAUACUUGCUGCCAGUGUUUCCAUCAGUAUGUGAAGGAUAUGGGCUUCGAGUUGGACUAA